ACUUCUCACAGUCAAAGUACCUGGCAACCUUCGUCACCAAAAAAGAUGCCUGCGAUUCAUGCAGACACAGAAUCAUCUGGGCAGAAAAGACAGGCACCGCAUCCUCCAGCUGGAUCAACUCACACAGAUACAGAGAGAGCUGCUCCUCAGCCUGAAUUACUGACUACCCGUGUCCCAGUAGAAAUGGAGAAAGAAAUAAUCAGAGCUGUCCCAGAACCUAAGUUACCAAGAGAAGUUCUUCAUGGGAAAAUUGAAGAGAAAAUGAAACCAGUUGAUGUUGUUCAAGAGGAGUAUAACAGUGAUAGUGAUUCUGACUCUGAACAGGAUGAGGAUGAUGUGAUGGGUGAAUUAGAUGACCUGUUGGAUGAGGCAAUGGCUAAAGAAGAAGAGGAGGAUAGAGAAGAGGAAAUGAGAAAGAAAUCACAGCUGCAUAUGAAAGAAAUAAAGCCAUUGUACAACAGCAAACACUGUUCCAGAAAAUGUUAGAAAAGUAGUGACAAAAUCCAACUCUGCUGAUAGUAUCCACCCAAGGAUAGAAAAUAAAAGCACCACAUCCUUGUUAUACAGUGUAGAAUGUUACAGAUCUCAAAGAAGAACACGAACUAAGCCUCCAGCACAGCAAGUUGUGAAAAGAGAUCCGCCUAAACCAUGUAUUGAGAGACAGGAAUCAAGGGUUAUGAUACACAUGUCAAACAAAGAACAAAUUCAGACAUUAAUGGAAGAGAUAUCUGCACAGCAAUCUAUUAUUCACCAAACCAGUCAAGCAUUGAAUCUGGUUGCCGCCAAUGGUGAUGCACUGAAAGGUACAGAACAAGAAAUAGAAGCAGAGAGACUCUUAGCCAUUGCCACUCAGAGACGAUUGGCAUGUUUGAGUGAAAUUCAACGUUUGAAGCAUCAUUCAGCGGCUCAGAGUGAAAAUUCAAGGGCUGCCAAGACAUGUAAAGGAUCUCUCACUAUCAACGAUAUUAGAUUACCACUUAAAACUGAAUAUAUAUUUACUAUGGGAUCCAAACAAGAUCGUCAGAUUCAUCAUUUCUUUGUGUUAGUUCGUAACGGAAGUCAUGUUUUAGCAUCUCAUUUACUGUCUACACAUGAUGGUUUAUCUGGAGAUUGCUUACCAUUCACUAAUAUGAUGACAAUGAAUGACAUUGGAAGCGAUUUCUUACUCGAUAUUGAAGUGUAUAGUAUGCAAACUAAAAAACCAGAUGUCAAAGAAAAGAAAGGAAACCUAUUGAAAACUAUUACUCCAAGAAGAGGUUCCAAGAAAGGUAACAUGAUGUCUCCAGGUGUCAGCAGUCCAGGUGGACCAGGUGCUGUAAGAACGAGCAGCUUUAUAUUGGUUGGUGGCACUAGAGUAGCUUUGAGCAACGUCAAGAACACAAAGUUUAAUCUUUCCAAAGUGCCGUUCUUGUGUCCAUUAGAGGGUUCCAUUCACAUGAAAGUGAAGUGUUAUAUUGAGACCAAAGUUGAAGAGAGGGGAUUUCUAACUAUGUUUGAUGACGUCAAUGGUUUUGGUGCAUGGCAUCGUAGAUGGUGUGUACUGUCUAACGGUUACGUGUCAUACUGGAAAUAUCCUGAUGAUGAAAGAAGAAAGGCUCCUAUUGGUAGUAUCUCUCUCAAAGAAUGCUCAACACAGAAUGUGACAACGGUGGCCAGGGAAUAUUGUGCUAGACCAAAUACUGUUGAACUUGUUACAAGGAGACAGUCCAGAGAUUCAGACGAAAAUAAUUUGAUUGUCACUUGUUUUGGUGACUACACAGAGAUUAAAUGGUGGAUGUCUGCUGAUACGAAAGAGGAGAGACAACAAUGGGUUAACAAAUUAAACAAAGCCUUGGUUAAUAUGAGGCAGUGGAGUAGAGACAGCACUAGAUCUCAACGAAAAUAACUCUCAUCUUAUGCCAUGCAAUCAUGAAAGUUGACAAGACAAUGUGGUCAUUGCUGCGGGAUGAGUUUUAAAUAUUCCAAAAAAUAAUAGACA